AUGUUGAUCGACGGAUUGGAGGACGAGGCCGUGGCUGAAGAUGGUGAUGAGGUUGCUGAGGAUGAGCCCCAAGAUUUAGAGGCCAAGGAAGAGGACGUGCCACCUCAGAUUUCAUUACAUGCCUACUCUGGAUCGGCGACACCGAAAAUGCUACGCGUGGACGGCAUGAUCAAAAGACGUGUGGUGCGUAUCCUCAUAGAUACGGGCAGCACCCACAAUUUUUUGGAUGAGAGGCUCGUCAAACAGAUCGGUCUCAUAGCAGAGCCGACAUUGGGCUUCGACGUGGCAUUGGGUGACAGAGCCACGUUGAGGGCAGAGGGCAUAUGCCGAGGCAUCACUUUGACGAUCCAGGGCAGCCAAUUCAAGCUCGAUCUCUAUCCGUUGGCAUUACGAGGAGCUGAUUUGGUCCUUGGUACGCAGUGGCUGCAGAGUCUUGGCCCGGUUACAUUCGACUUCGCCGAGAUGUGGGUGACUUUCAGACGGAGCGGACGGCGAGUUAGAUUGGAUGGCAUUCGGCCUAGCCCAAGGGCUGCACUUCAGCCCCUAGUCGGCUUGCCCGGACCCGACGCGCACAGCUACUUGAUGCAGCUCUUACCUCUGUCGACGGAGACCACGACGGAGGCAGGUAUACCUACUGAUUUGGCUGCUCUCUUACAGGGGUUCGCAGAUUUAUUUGAGGAGCCUCAUGGUCUUCCACCCGAGAGGGAGCACGAUCAUCACAUAGAGAUUGUACCGGGAGCAGAACCGGCGAAUGUGAGGCCUUACCGCUACCCGCACGUUUAG